CCCGAGUCCAACCUCGCUGCCACUCCAUCUCUAAUACGUGACUUCGUUUCGUCACUGGACGAUAUAGAUCACCCAGAUUUUUCUCUUUCCUUAUGACCACGAGACGCACAUAGCUCGAUGGCUACGCUCAGAGUCGCCUCACAAGUUGUCACGGAUUGGGUUUUGAUCCUCGGCGGCACUGCGCUCUCCACCAUCAGCAUGGAAAGUCGUGCCAUGCUUAUCAACCCGCCGUAUUUUUCUGACCCUCCGGGGCCUAGGGGCUUUCGCGCAUCAUGUGUUACUCCUGUUCAAGCACCUCAAUCGGCUUCGUACUUGGUGCCGCCAUUUGUGAUGCCCAGGUCUCUAGCCUACUCCACCAGCCGUGCUUUCCAUUAUAACUUUUGGCGCGAUUUUGGAACCCACAUUGUCUCCGCAGAUAAUCAUGGACACGGCGGAGUUGUGUUACCAUAUUCCCCAGAAGAAGAUACCGCCUGGUGUCAACUCAAUCAAAAUUUCGACUCGUUGGAUAGUGCCCCUAGUGGCUCACAUCUCACCAACAACGGUGGUAUUGAUUCGCCAUAUCGUUGCUUCGCUAUUAUGGACCGUCAGCCUCAACCACUGUUUGCUAUUCUGUUUCCUACUUUGGGCGAUCUGUAGGCAUUUGCAUCUGUUCCUUGUCAGCUUCAGGGAAAGGGUUUUCUUGUAUAUGCGGCUGUUUAUUCUUUUACAGUCACGUCACCCUUCCCGAAACAGUCGUUCAACCGUGGAUCAUGCAUCAUUCAAUACAAUAUGCUGCCUGAACCCCAGGACUAUUCCUUACAGGUCUAUCGCAUCUUUGGUUGCCACGAUCUUUGAGCGAGUUUGAACUCGCCACCACAUCUGCUAUCAGAGUGCGUUUACCAUGACGGGACCUGCCCUAUUGCGCAUGGAUGGGAACGCUCUCAAUUUCGGAAUGGCGAAGUAC